AUGCGACGCCUUAGUCUGGUCUUCAACCUGAAAAUCAGAGCCAUCCGGAAAUACUUGAUGUUCGAGGGGCGCUUCAACAUGCUCAAGGCAGGUGUUGCCUACGUCAAGGAGAUGCAGGGUGGUCAAGGAGUUUGCGCGGUCUCCGCCAACUACGCCGCAGAUCUGAAGCGCGAGCGCAUGCUCUUCCGUGGCCUGCCGAACAUCCUGCCGCUUGACAAUGCCACCGACCCGGCGGAGGACCAGGGAGCCGCAGGCAUCGACAAGCUGCGGAAGAUGCGCUUCGAAGCCAAGGCGGCCUUGCAGAAGCACUGCGAUUUGGAUCAGGACCCUGGCGCCAAGAUCCUGAUCUUCAUCGGCCGCUGGGUCAAGCAGAAGGGCGUGGAUCACAUUGCGAUGCUCACCCAGGACAUUCUGCGAAGCCGCCGUGAGGUUCAGAUGGUCUUGGCAGGGCCGCCGGACGACGCCUUCGGGCUCUAUGCGCAAGAGCUGCUGGCUCCUUUGAAGUCCAUCUUCAAAGGCCGGCUCUUCGUGUGCACGGAGUUCUUCCGGCUCCCGGGGGAGCUGCGGCGCGGCGCCCACCUCUGCUUCACGCCCAGCUGCUCGGAGCCCUUCGGCGCCUCGGCCCGAUGCUAUGUGGAUGUGGAGUUCGGCCUGCUGGGGGUCCCCUCUGUGGGUUGCGCGAUCGGAGGCCUCGGGAAGAUGCCGGGGGUCUACUUCCGCCAGCAGAAUGCAGAUGCGCCAGACAUGCUGAUCGAAGCCUUCUACUGCGCCAUCGACUAUGCGCUGGACCUGCCCGAGCCCCAGUACUGGCAGAUGGCCAAGGCGGCCACCAAGGCCACCUUUCCCUUCAUCAUUUGGCGCGAGAAUCUGCUGGAGGCCGGGCUCAAUCCGUAA